AUGACGCGCCCAACCAUCAUCAGAGCAGACACCAUUGAUUUACAGGACCCCGGUUCGCCGUCCGCCGCAGACCACACCCGCCAGCCUACGCAGCCCGCGCCACUCGGCGCAGGCCCAGCCUCACCGCACCAGGCAGCCGCCAUUCGACACGUGGAAGAAGACCGCGCGAACGAAGAGGAGGGGCUUGUGCAAUCAUGGACCAGCCCCAACGGCACCCAUCAUGACGACCACAGCGGCACCGACUCCGCUGACGUGACGGACGACGGCGACAUGGCAGAUUCGGAAACGGAGGAUAUGGACGACGACAUGUUGGACAAGAUCUCCAGCUCACCGUCUAUCGACGAUGGUAGGUAUUCUCCGCGCGCUCCAGCCUCGGCCUGGCCGACACGCUCUUCUUCUCUCUACGCCCUUCCGUUACCCGCAACUCCGUCGCAGCAACACAUGUAUCAGCACUCCAAUGUAUCGCCCGAGUCCGAUCAGGGCUCGUCCUCGCCUUUCACCAUAACACCACAACAUUUGCCGCUUUCCUAUCAGCCCAAGCCCCAGUCAACACCACCAAGAUUCAGCACCCCACUCUCCUCUCCGCCUUUCAACACUCCACUCAUGCACCGGCCUGCGCGCAUGGCUCCCCACCAUGGCAGGCCUUCGUCUACGGAUCAUCAUCGUCUGGGUGAGUAUACAAGGACCGAACCGACCGCCACCGACAUCGGAUGCGACGACCCUUUCGACCGCGAAUUCGAGGAUGGCUUGCAAAAUUGCUAUCACGAGGAUGCCAAUCUCUCCGCGGACGAGCUGCGCGACGACGUUGGCCCGCUCCGUAGUGAGCAAUACGAGUUGGAAUCCCGCGAGUGCAAUUUUGGGGGCGAUAGGGAGGGCGAGAUGCUCGUAUUCCCUGCGGAUCGCCCCCUGCCGCCCAUCCCUGUUUCUGACAGUGCCAACGAUCUUCGAGAGCUUUUAGCAACCCGCCAAUCGAACCUCUCGCUGGAACGUGUGGACUCCCCGGAAACGAUGUCUUGGGAAACCGACAGCAACGCCUCAAGCUUUGACCCGGAAGGGAACGACGACAAAGAUAAUGACGACGAUGACGAUGAUGAUCUUGAAGACAUUUUCCUUUCUCUCGAUGAAGACCGUCACGACUCAGCAUACGGCGGUGAGUGCUUACGCGAAACAGAGGACAUCGACUUCGAAUUCGUCUACGCGCUACAUACUUUCGUCGCAACUGUCGAGGGCCAGGCCAAUGCCACAAAGGGUGACACGAUGGUACUAUUGGAUGAUAGUAACAGUUACUGGUGGCUUGUUAGGAUUGUCAAAGACAGCAGCAUUGGCUACCUUCCUGCGGAACACAUCGAAACUCCCACCGAACGCUUGGCGCGUCUGAACAAACAUAGAAACAUUGACCUUUCGGCAGCAAUGCUGGGUGACAGCGCCGAGAAGUCGAAGAAUCCACUGAAAAAAGCAAUGAGACGACGAAACGCGAAAACUGUUCAAUUCACCGCACCGACUUAUGUUGAGGCAUCUGACUACGAUUACUCUUCCGAUGAAGAGGAUGAUGACGGUGAGGAUUUCGGCGGUGGACCGGUCCAUGUCGAGGAUGAGCAAGAGCAUGAGGAAGACGAUGCGCGCGAGACGAUGACUGUCGAGCCUCUCAGAAUUGGUGGAAAGAAGGACGAUGCUGAAAAGAAAUCGGACGAAUCGAAGAGUGGCGACGACAAGGCGCGCACCAGCGACGAGAUGUUCGAUCGCCCUGACCAAAAGGUCUCGAGAAACGGCACUGUCAGAAACACCGACUCAUUCUUCAAGGACGAGACCGUGGAGACGCGGAAGAUUACCUUGACACCGAACCUCUUGCGCGACGAUUCCUCAGCUUCUACCGUGCGCUCUGAAGGCAGGGAAAGAGGUGGAAGUCUUGACAGUCUGGAGAAGGAGCUCAAAUCUCCAGAUAGUAAGCCAAAGGAUGACAAGAAGAAGAAAGAGAAAAAGCCUGGAAUGCUCAGAGGCUUGUUUGGUCGCAAGGAUAAGAAGGCGAAGUCUGCCGACAGUGAGCAAAACGAUGAGAAGCAAUCCGAGGAAUUGGCCCGGGAGAGUCUGUCAAGGGAUUCCGAGGAAACGGCCUCGCCAAAGGAGCCUGCAAAGGCUGAAAAUGAGUCUAGUCAACAACAGCAACAGCCUGUGAGACAGACGAAUAAGGCGUCUAAGUCUUCGGAGAAGAAAACUAACGGUCCCCAGAAAUCCCAGCCGUCGGACCCGAACGUCCAACCGGCGAAAUCCAUUCUCCAGAAAACUGCUUCCCAGGGUGCUGCCGAAGCUACUAUGCGGCUGGUGUCCGCCGGCGCAGAACGAAACCAGCAAGCUGAGGAAGACGACUCUGAGGCAGCGGCGCGCGCGCAAGGACAGGCUCAGGCGCAGGCUGAGCUCCAGGCUCGGGCUCAGGAGGAGGCCAAAUAUCAGGCCAAAGAAGCCGAAAAGGAAGCCGCAAGAGAAGCCGCCGCCGGUCGCGCUAGGAGCGGCUCCACGAGCGCCAAGCAAGCGAUUUCGAACAUACUGCACUCCAAGUCCAGCGAACGCGAACAAAAACAGGAGAACAAGAUGCCGCCACGCGAGAAGGUCAAGAAAUCCAAGGCGCGUGCUCCACUGGAUGAUUUCGAUUCGACGCCAGAGUACGAGCAGGAUGACCCCUUCGCUGAUCCGAACGAAGAAGAGCGGCAGCCAAACGGAGCACCGCAGCAGCAGCAGAAACUGCGUCCAGAUGAGACUAAUUCGAGAGCGCCGGAAUCUCUGGGAGAUGUGUCACCUCUCGAUACGGAUCAACCUCCUGCCCUUAUGCACGAUACUUCGAGCCAAGAGGAGCCGGAUAUUUCGCCAGUGUCUCCGUCUGGCUCGCCUCUCAGGGGAGAGCUGUCCAUCUCAAGCCCGACCGCGACACGGAUUGCACCCACUCCUGGUGCAAUCAACACCAAUAUUCCUCUUGCAUCAGCCAAUAGCCCCACAACAAACGAACUUCCUUCUGCCGUCUCUCUUCCUGCUUGGUCUGAUGCCAGUCUUCGUUCGUACCUCGACGAUGGCUCCGAUAUCCGCGACAUGCUCGUCGUUGUCAAUGACACUUCAGGUGUCGUUCCAGUUGGUCCGGAGCACCCGAUCAUGGCAGGCCUCUUCAGCGAUGAGCGUAGCAAGGUCGCGGCCAUGGGUAUGCAACUAGACAGCCUUCUAGGCGAUUGGCUGUCGAGAAAGAGGAGGAGGAAUGAGGGUGGCAGAAAGCAAAGCUGCUGA